AUGUACAAGGAGAUCAAAGUUAAGUCUCCUAAUAUGCCUUACAAAGAAAUGAUUGCCGAAAUAUCACGUAUAUCGGGUAUUGGUCGUAAUUCGGUAAUAUCAAUUAUUUCCGAGUAUAAAAAAUGUGGAACUGUUUCGUCCCCUAAUAAGACUCGCAAUAGAAAAUGUCUGUUUGAUAAUAUCGACGAAUUAGAUAGGAAUGCGCUGCGGCAAAAAAUACAUUCUUUUUGGCUGAAAAGUGAGAUACCAACAAUAGACAAGAUUCUGCAAGCUGUAAACGACGAUCCAGCACUUCCAAAUUUUAAGCGUACGGUAUUAUAUGAAACAAUUAAAAAACUAGACUUCGUAUUUACCAAACGCAAACGAUGYAGUGUAUUGACUGAAAGGGAAGACCUACUCGCUUGGCGCCACAACUACUUAUAUGAUAUUAGGAAAUAUCGAAAAGAAGGUCGGAGCAUUUAUUAUCUUGACGAGACCUGGUUGAACGCYGGUGACUGUACCAAUAAAGUGUGGGUUGAUAAAUCAGUUUUAUCAAAACACGACGCCUUCAACAAAGGUCUUACAACGGGAGCGAAGAACCCGACAGGUAAAGGUAAAAGGUUAAUUAUUUUACAUAUUGGGUCUGAAAAAGGAUUUUUGGAAGGUGGACUUUUAUGCUUCAAUUCAAAAAAAAAUAGUUCAGAUUAUCAUGAUGAGAUGAACGGUGACAAUUUCCGUGAAUGGUUUGAGUCCAUCAUUCCUCGUCUGGAGUCAAACUCGGUGAUUGUCAUGGACAAUGCGCCGUAUCAUUCUGUGAAAUCCGAAAAAAUACCAACAAGCCAAUCGAAGAAAGAAGAAAUUUUGACGUGGUYAUCAUCGAAAGGAGUACAACUCGACAGGCCAAUGAUAAAACCCCAGCUGCUCCAAAAAGUACGUCAAAUAAAAUCGAAAUACAAUUCUUACGUUAUUGAUAAUAUGGUCAAAGACGCCGGGCACACAGUACUUCGACUCCCACCGUAUCACUGCGAGUUCAACCCAAUUGAACUCGCAUGGGCGAUGGUUAAAGGAUACGUCAAGAGUAAUAAUACGACAUUUAAAAUAGAUGACGUUCGGGCUCUUCUUAACACCGGAAUUGAAAGAGUUACCGAUGAACAUUGGAAAAAUUUUAUUCGUCAUGUCAUCACACAGGAAGACUCAAUUUGGCAAGUGGACACCAUCAUGGACGAUAUUAUAGAUAACUUAGAACCCUGUGUCCUAACUAUAAACGAUGAGAAUUCUUCCGUUGAUGAUUCUGAAUAA